AUGCACUACAUCAUUCCCUCACUUUUUCUCUCGACGGCGGCCGCGCAAGCCGUGGGAUCACUGCCUAGCCUUUCCAUCUUGAAGCUUCCCCAAAUACCCGUCCUACCCCUCCAGGGUGUUCCUGACGUCUUGGCUGGCAAUGGCUACAACUCCAUCGCUGAUUCACUUUCCAAAGCAGCACAAAGCAUCGGUGCUCACACCGACCUAACUACCGUUGCUAACGCUAAACUCACCGGCGACAUCUCCGUAAACCCCACGCCCAACAUCCCCACGACAUUCGACCUUGUGAAGUCUGUGGGUGGUGCGUCUGCUACUCUCUGGCAAUUGGCCUACGACCUUGAGAACAAGGUCUGCUCUAUCGCGACCUCAAUCAACCAGCAGAACAUCGCCGCCCAGCAAUCAAACUUAGCCGUUGCUAUCCAAGCACAAGUGGACGCCCUCACCAAGCUCCAACAAACUCUCAAUACCACAGUUAUCACCGUUCAAACCCAGGCUGUCGCAUUUUCCGACGCUGAAAAGUCAAUCCUCACCUCCGCAAUCCUGGCCCUAGUCGGCUCCGUCGUCGCCAGCGCCGCACCUAUCCAGGCUCUUGCCACUGGUCUGGCGAACGUCGGCAUCACCAGCAUCUCCAGUGUCGCUGGUAUCCUGACCGCUCAGGCAAACGCCCUUGCUGCCUUCGCGUCCAAGGUCAACUUCGUCGGGCUAUAG